CUUUUCCAAUGAAGAAUCUUUUGCGCAGUUCAUCUUAGAUCGGAGAUAUUAUCGUCGUCUGUUUCCACUUAAAUUGAGAACAGAGAAUCGAAUAACGAAGCCCACUUGGACUUUUAAAUGGGACAGAAGACAACAAUGGAUUCAGAACAUGGCAUCAUGCUCGGUUUUGAAGAUCCAAUGAGGAUUGAACCCAGCAGAGACCGUUUCCCAUGCUGCAUUGUCUGGACACCACUCCCUUUCAUUACAUGGCUGGUUCCCUUUAUAGGCCACGUGGGUAUCUGCAGAGAAGACGGUGUCAUCCUCGACUUCGCGGGACCUAACUUCGUCUGUGUUGACAAUUUCGCCUUUGGAGCUGUGUCUCGUUACAUCCAAAUCAACAAAGCUAAGGAAUCAUCUCUUUCUUCCAACUCAUGUAUGUUCAAUGAAGAAGGAGACGCUACUAACGAGAAAGAGCCAACAUGGGAUGAUGCGUUGAGGAAAGGCACGCAGGAGUAUCAACACUAUUCUUACAACAUAUUGACUUGCAACUGUCACUCCUUUGUAGCUAACAACCUGAACCGUCUAGCGAUACGAUCAGGUGGAUGGAAUGUUGUGAAUCUCGCAGCGUUAGUGUUUCUUAAGGGACGUUGGGUGAGCAAAACUGCGAUGGUUAAGGCUUUUCUGCCUACGGUUGUAAUCUAUGGUAUAGGGAUGUUAAUAGGUGGAUGGACAUUCGUAGCUUCUUGUGGUGUUCUAGCGUUUUUGCUUACGGGUUGGUUCAUCUUGGGAACGUAUUGUUUCAAGAGAUUGAUUCAGUUGUAAGAUUUGGUUUAUGAUCCAAGGAUCUAUGGUAAUGAAGAAGCAAUGUGGGUUUAAUGUGAAGAUGAUUGAUAUGGCUGGGAACUUAUUGUCGUAAUGUGACAGACCAAAGACUGUUGUAAUUUAAAACAUUCCAUCGUUUUCACUAUGGAGAAGGGAAAGGUCUUGGUGUUUGUGUGUACAGUGUAUUCUUUGAGAAUGCGUCUUGUAUCACUCGGGAGAACUAGUGUUCACUUUGAAUCCACAAGAAAACGUUCGAAUAAUCUUUAAUAUACAACAUACCAAUCGCAAGACACAUAAAUGAGGAAGAUGGUAAUGAAUAUGAAAAUUUGGAUGCAAGUCUCUCUCUAUCCAUGUCUCGUC